AUGUUUCAGCCUGGAAUAGAGGCAUACCUGGAUGCUAUAAAACAACAGUAUGAUGAACUACUUGCAGAGAACAAGGCUCUGAAGCAAGAGAAUUCUCGCCUUGCUGCUGAGAACAGUCAGUAUGUAAGGAGAGUCCAGCACUACAGUAGUGUACUGAAUGAGAGGAAGAAUGCACAGCAAGGUGAUGGAAAUGAGUGUAAUUUGCACAUGAAGCGCCUAAAGAGAGGAAGCGAUUGGGUAGCCGAGGGAGAUUUAUUUUGCUCUGUGAGUCUUUGUGAACGGAUAGUGCUACCUGCAAAGAUCACGAAUGCAGUCGUAAGCAAAUGUGGUAAGUAUGUGAUAUUUGGAUGUGGCUACCGAGCAUUUAUGCUGGUGGACAAAGAGAUUUGGCAUUUGAAUAUUGCCACUGAAAGGAUGGAGAGAUGCGAUGCUGGAAUGUUUGGAACGGAUGUCCAGGAAUACAAGAUAUGCCCGAUGGACUUUGCAUCAGAUUCACAAUGUGUUUAUAUGUUUGAUGGAAAAGCGGCAGUGCGAAUAUGGAAUGUAAAUACUAAGGUACAAGAGGGACUGCUAAGAGUAUCAGAACCUAUUUCACUUAAAGUAGUAAAUAAUGUGGUGUAUAUAGCAGAAAGAGACAAGAUACUAAAAGUUUACAAGGAUCAGAAACAGGUGUUAAAACUGAAAGUCAAUGAGGAGUUGAGUGGUUUGAUGAUAGUGAGUCCUAAUGGUAAGUUUGUAUAUAUAGUGGUCAAUAGAAACCAAAUACUUGUGGUUGAUGUGCAUACAGAAACAUCUUAUCUCAUCUCUACAAAUGAGGAGCGGCUUCUAGCAAUUGCGGUUUCACAAGAAAACAUGUUGGCCUCAAUAGGAGGAUAUGGAAAGACUGCAGGGUUAUAUAAAAUAAAGCCUGAAAAGCCAUCAUGUAGGCUUCAGGACACAAUUGAGCAGAACGGACCUGUCCUAGCCCUUGAGUUCAUUGGCUCUCAUUUGGUUGUUGGACAACCUGAAGGAUUCAUGAUAUGGGACCUUAAUGAAAAGAAAAGCAUGCAGGUUGAGAUUUAUGAAUCAAACGUGAUAAAUGUCUCUGCUGGCAAGGGAUGCUUCACAACAAUCGAUAACAACGGGAUCCUACGCAUAUGGAUGCACACACCAAUCAGCUGA